CCUCCUCAUUCAUGCCGUGCUGAGACUUCACACUCGGAAAGUGCACGCGGAGCAUUACACACUGCUGCCGAGAAAAUGUACUCAAGUUUGAGAUUUUAAGCAUGGCGAGGAUAAUAAACCAAGGUAUCAAGAGCACAAGGCUAGCGGCCAUGGCGCUGCAGAUGAUGGUGUAGACGACAGCUCCGUGCCGAGAGAGAGAGCAGAAAGGACACCGGGUCAAUAAGUUGCUCUCCUCAACGUAGACUGACAGACGCUGUCCAGGUUUUUUUCCAGACCCAGGAUCAGAAAGGUGAACGGAUCACCUGGCCUACAGCUUCCUCUCAGAAAGAUAUUAAAAAUGCUGCCGUAUGGGAGGAGGCCCCUUCCCGCCUCUAUUUGUGAGGCUUUCCUCCUCCUUUUCUUCCUCUCGUUCGUCCCUCAAAAUGGGGGGCUCGAGGUUAACCUCUCUUCCUUCCGAAACUUCAUCCCACCAGAGGGAGGGCUUACGCAUUUGGUCGUCCAUAAUAAAACGGGUGAAGUCUACGUCGGUGCUGUCAAUUGGAUCUACAAGCUCUCCAGAAACCUGACCAAGCUCCGAAGCCAUGUUACCGGCCCUGUGGUGGAUAAUGAGAAAUGUUACCCACCACCUGGUGUUCAGUCUUGCCCUCACGAGCUAUCGCAGACUAGCAAUGUCAACAAGCUGUUGCUUCUGGAUUCAGGGCAGAACAGGCUCAUUGCAUGUGGAAGCACCUCGCAGGGUAUAUGCCAGUUCCUCAGACUGGAUGACCUCUUCAAACUGGGUGAGCCGCAUCACCGCAAGGAGCACUACCUUUCCAGUGUGUCCGAGGCUGGCACUAUGUCAGGAGUGGUUAUUAGUGGAACCCAAGGUGAAGACAGCGGAAAGCUGUUUGUAGGUACACCCAUCGAAGGAAAAUCAGAGUACUUCCCGACUCUCUCCAGUCGUAAGCUGAUGGCUAAUGAGGAGAACGCUGAAAUGUUCAGUUUUGUCUACCAGGAUGAGUUUGUCUCAUCACAGCUCAAGAUUCCAUCCGACACCCUUUCCAAGUUCCCUACCUUUGAUAUCUACUACGUCUAUGGCUUCAGCAGUGAGCAGUUCAUCUACUACCUAACUCUCCAACUGGACACCCAACUCACCUCGCCGGAUGCCAGUGGUGAACAAUUCUUCACCUCCAAGAUUGUCCGCCUCUGUGUGGAUGACCCCAAGUUCUACUCCUACGUGGAGUUUCCUAUUGGCUGUACCAAGGAUGGUGUGGAAUAUCGAUUGGUUCAAGACGCCUACCUCAGUCGGCCUGGUGCCAAGCUGGCACGGUCGUUAGGCAUUUCUGAACAGGAAGAGGUGCUGUUUAUUGUUUUUGCUCAGGGCCAAAAAAACCGGUCGAAGCCACCGAAAGAAUCCGCCCUGUGCCUGUUUACACUACGUAAAAUCAAGGAAAAGAUUAAGGAGAGGAUCCAAUCCUGCUACCGGGGUGAAGGUAAACUGUCCCUGCCCUGGCUCCUCAACAAGGAACUGAACUGCAUCAAUUCACCUCUGCAGAUAGAUGACAACUUUUGUGGCCAGGACUUCAACCAGCCUCUAGGGGGCACCACUACGAUCGAGGGGAUCCCUUUGUUCCUGGACAAAGACGAUGGGAUGACGUCAGUGGCGGCGUAUGAUUAUCGCGGGCACACCGUAGCCUUCACCGGCACCCGUAGCGGCAGGAUGAAGAAGAUCUUGGUGAACUCCAUUACCCAGCCUGCACUGCUGUAUGAGAACGUAGUGGUCAGCGAAGGGAAACCAAUUUUGAGGGACAUGCUGUUCAGCCCUGACCAUCAAUACAUCUACACGCUCACAGAGAAAGAGGUGAGCCGUGUGCCGGUGGAGAGCUGUGAGCAGUACAGCAGCUGUAGCGAGUGUCUGGCGUCUGGUGAUCCCCACUGCGGCUGGUGUGUCCUGCACAGUGUAUGUUCACGUAAGGACCGCUGUGAGAGAGCUGAUGAGCCCCAACGCUUCGCCUCCAGACUGGAGCAGUGCGUCCGACUCACGGUCCAGCCCAGCAAUAUUUCAGUCACCAUGUCUGAAGUUCAGCUGGUUCUCCAGGCUCAGAACGUCCCCAGUCUGGCUGCUGGCGUCAACUGUUCGUUUGAGGACUACACUGAGACGGAGGGACACAUCAUGGGGGGACGCAUCUACUGCCUGUCCCCCUCCGCACGGGAGAUCGCUCCCAUCACACGCAACCAGGGUGACAAGAGGGUGGUGAAGCUCUAUCUGAAAUCCAAGGAGACGGGGAAGAAGUUUGCCAGCGUGGAUUUUGUCUUCUACAACUGCAGUGUCCAUCAGUCGUGUCUCUCCUGUGUGAACGGCUCCUUUCCAUGCCACUGGUGCAAAUACCGACACAUGUGCACCCACAAUGCCAACGACUGCUCUUUCCAAGAGGGCCGCGUCAACAUAUCCGAGGAGUGUCCUCAGAUCCUACCGUCCACUCAAAUCUACAUCCCCGUUGGUGUCAUGAAGCCCAUCACCCUGUUGGCCCGGAACCUUCCACAGCCGCAGUCUGGCCAGAGGAACUACGAGUGUAUCUUCUAUAUCCAGGGGAAAGAGUACAGUGUCACUGCACUGCGCUUCAACAGCACCAGCAUACAGUGUCAGAAGACCAUGUACGACUAUGAAGGAAAUGACAUCAGCGACCUGCCGGUGGACCUAUCAGUUGUGUGGAAUGGAGAUUUCGUCAUUGACAACCCCUACCAUAUCCAAGCGCACCUGUACAAGUGUUACGCCAUGCGGGACAGCUGUGGGAUGUGUCUGAAAGCGGAUCCCCGGUUCGACUGCGGCUGGUGUGUGCAGGAGAAGAAGUGUUCGCUGAGACAGGAGUGUGCUCCUCUAGAGAGCACCUGGAUGCACCCCAGUGCAGGAAACAGUCGCUGUGCGCACCCCAAAAUCAACAAGCUGUUUCCAGAGACCGGACCACGACAAGGCGGAACCAGGCUCACCAUCACUGGAGAGAAUCUGGGUCUUCAGUUCAGAGACAUUAUGACAGGUGUUCGGCUGGGAAAAGUACCCUGUGUUCCUAUUGAAGAGGAAUAUGUUAGUGCGGAAAGGAUCGUGUGUCUGCUGAAUGACGCCACAGGAUACCGUGUGCAGGAAGCCCAGGUGGAGGUGUGCGUGAGAGACUGCCUGGCUGACUACAGAGCCCUCUCACCCAGGGCAUUCACCUUUGUGACGCCAUUCUUCACACGUGUCCAGCCCGCUCAGGGACCCCUCUCAGGAGGAACCAGAAUCACUAUUGAAGGAAACCACCUCAACGCUGGCAGCUCUGUUGGGGUCAACAUUGGGCGUCACCCUUGUCACUUCAAAAAGCGGAGCUCUAAAGAGAUCGUGUGCGUGACCCCGGCCGGCGUGAACGCAGGAAGUACUCCGGUUAUGGUGGACAUUGACUCUGCUGAGCUCAGGAACCCCGAUGUGAAGUUUAACUACACAGAGGACCCCACCGUCCUGAAGAUAGACCCAGACUGGAGCAUUGCUAGCGGUGGGACUCUGCUGACGAUCAGCGGCACCAACCUGGCCACCAUUAAAGAACCCAAAAUCCGCGCCAAGUACGGCUCAGCCGAGUCCUUCCAUAACUGCACUGUUUUCAACAACUCAGUAAUGGUCUGCCUGGCCCCGUCGGUGGCUGAUUCAGAGAGAGGCUUUGCAGAGACCGGCAGCGGACCAGAUGAGAUCGGCUUCUACAUGGAUAACGUCCACGCUCUUGUGGUCGUCAACGAGAGCUUUAGCUACUACCCGGACCCCGUGUUUGAACCCCUCAGUCCCACAGGCAUUCUGGAGCUCAAACCAACAUCCCCCCUCAUCCUGAAGGGUCGUAAUUUGAUACCUGUCGCUCCUGGUAACUCCAGACUGAACUACACCGUGUUUAUCGGAGAGACGCCGUGUGUCCUGACUCUCUCUGAGACCCAGUUGCUGUGCGAAUGGCCCAACCUCACCGGCCAGCACAAAGUGACGAUCCGGGCAGGAGGGUUUGAAUAUUCCCCCGGCACGCUGCAGAUCUACUCCGACAGCCUUCUCACCCUGCCUGCCAUCAUCGGGAUCGGAGGAGGCGGAGGACUCCUGCUGCUGGUCAUCAUCGCUGUGCUCAUCGCAUACAAGCGCAAGUCCCGCGACGCUGACCGCACACUCAAACGACUCCAGCUACAAAUGGACAACCUGGAGUCUAGAGUCGCUCUCGAGUGCAAAGAAGCAUUUGCCGAACUCCAGACCGACAUCCACGAGCUGACCCAAGAGCUGGACGGGGCAGGUAUCCCGUUCCUGGACUAUCGAAUUUACGCCAUGAGAGUGCUGUUCCCUGGCAUUGAGGACCACCCGGUGCUCAAGGAGAUGGAGGUACGGGUGCAGGCUAAUGUCGAGAAGGCCUUGACUCUAUUUGGUCAACUCCUCACCAAGAAGCACUUCCUUCUGACAUUUAUCCGCACGCUCGAAGCUCAGCGCUCCUUCUCCAUGCGUGACCGUGGCAACGUGGCAUCACUCAUCAUGACAGCUCUACAGGGAGAGAUGGAGUACGCUACAGGAGUCCUCAAACAGCUGCUCUCUGACCUCAUCGACAAGAACCUGGAGAGCAAGAACCACCCUAAACUGCUGCUCAGGAGGACCGAGUCUGUUGCUGAGAAGAUGCUUACGAACUGGUUCACUUUUCUUCUGUACAAGUUCUUAAAAGAGUGUGCAGGCGAGCCUCUCUUCAUGCUGUACUGUGCUAUUAAACAGCAGAUGGAAAAAGGCCCUAUAGAUGCCAUCACCGGAGAGGCCCGAUACUCCCUCAGCGAGGACAAACUCAUCCGACAACAGAUUGACUAUAAGACGCUGACACUUCAUUGUGUGAACCCAGAGAGCGAGAACGGCCCGGAGGUGACGGUGAAAUGCCUGAACUGUGACACAAUCACCCAGGUGAAAGAGAAGCUUCUGGACGCUGUGUAUAAAGGAAGCCCCUACUCACAGAGACCCAAAGCUGGAGACAUGGACCUGGAGUGGCGCCAGGGGAGACUGGCGAGGAUCAUUCUGCAGGAUGAGGAUGUCACUACUAAGAUUGAUAAUGACUGGAAACGCCUGAACACACUAGCACACUAUCAGGUAACAGAUGGGUCUGUUAUCGCCCUGGUGCCAAAGCAAAACUCUGCGUACAACAUCUCCAACUCGUCCACCUUCACCAAGUCCCUCAGCAGAUACGAGAGCAUGUUGAGGACGGCCAGCAGCCCAGACAGUCUGCGGUCCAGGACGCCCAUGAUCACGCCUGAUCUAGAGAGCGGGACCAAGCUCUGGCACCUCGUCAAAAACCACGACCACGCAGACCAACGUGAGGGCGAUCGCGGGAGCAAGAUGGUGUCAGAGAUCUACCUGACACGACUGCUGGCCACCAAGGGUACGUUACAGAAAUUCGUCGAUGAUUUGUUUGAGACGAUAUUCAGCACGGCACACCGUGGCAGUGCACUCCCUCUCGCCAUCAAAUACAUGUUUGACUUCCUGGAUGAGCAGGCAGACAAACACCAAAUCACAGAUUCAGAUGUUCGGCACACCUGGAAGAGCAACUGUUUGCCGUUAAGAUUCUGGGUGAAUGUGAUCAAGAACCCGCAGUUUGUGUUCGACAUCCACAAGAACAGCAUCACGGAUGCGUGUCUCUCCGUAGUCGCCCAAACCUUCAUGGACUCCUGCUCCACAUCCGAACACAAGCUCGGCAAAGAUUCCCCCUCAAAUAAGUUGCUCUACGCUAAAGAUAUUCCCAACUACAAGAACUGGGUAGAAAGGUAUUACUCAGACAUUGGGCGAAUGUCCGCCAUCAGUGAUCAGGACAUGAGCGCUUAUCUCGCGGAGCAGUCCAGACUCCACCUGAGCCAGUUCAACAGCAUGAGCGCCCUCCACGAGAUCUACUCCUACAUCACCAAGUACAAAGACGAGAUCCUGUCCGCGCUUCAGAAGGAUGAGUUAGCCCGGCGACAGAGACUGCGCAGUAAACUGGAACAGGUUAUCGACACCAUGGCUCUGGCAAGCUGAGGACCCCCUCCUCAUCUCGCCGCCCACCUCAGAUGGCUCCUUCUGACCUCCUGAGCCCAUCCCAGAGCCUUGUCCACACGCACACACACACAGACACACACAAACACACACUAAGCUAACGGACUGCAAGGACAGAAGCAGUACACUGGAGACCCCUCAGCCCAGGGUGGAAAUCCUGUUUUAUCACUUCCUUUGAACUCAACACGCACCAGAAUGUCUCCAU